AUGUCUUCUGCUAGGCCUUUAAUAACGUUUCAAGGGUCACAAAACUUCCGUAUACGAAUUGUAUUGGCAACUCUGUCAGGAAAAUCCAUUAAAAUCGAAAAAAUAAGAUCGAAUGAUUUGAAUCCAGGUUUAAGAGACCAUGAAAUCUCAUUUUUGAGAUUAAUUGAAUCCGUAACAAAUGGUUCCCAUAUCGAAAUCUCAUACACCGGUACUACCGUCAUCUAUAAACCUGGUAUCAUAGUGGGCGGCUCACACACUCAUAACUGUCCACCAAGCAGAGCAGUAGGUUAUUUCAUUGAACCAAUGUUGUAUUUAGCACCAUUUUCGAAAAAGAAAUUCUCUAUCAUCUUCCGUGGUAUCACAGCUUCACAUAAUGAUGCAGGCGUGGAAGCUAUCAAAUGGGGUCUCUUACCUGUAUUAGAAAAAUUUGGUGUAAGAGAAUGUGCAUUACAUACUCUGAAAAGAGGUUCUCCCCCACUAGGAGGUGGUGAAGUACAUUUGAUCGUUGAUUCUUUAAUUGCUCAACCACUCACAAUGCAUGAAUUAGAAAGGCCUCCUAUAAAGUCAAUCAGAGGUGUUGCAUAUUCUACCAGAGUAAGUCCGUCAUUAGUAAAUAGAAUGAUCGAUGGUUCCAGAAAUGUGUUAAAAGAUAUAAAUUGCGAAGUCAAUAUCACUGCCGAUGUUUGGAGGGGAGAAAAUUCAGGUAAAAGUCCCGGCUGGGGUAUCACACUAGUCGGAGAGACCAAGAAAGGUUGGUGUUUCUUUUCAGAACUAAUAGGUGAUGCAGGUGAUAUUCCUGAAAAUAUUGGGAUGCAAGUAGCAUACCAUUUUAUCGAAGAAAUUUCCAAAAGUGCUGCUGUUGGUAGAAAUCAAUUACCUCUGGCUAUCGUCUAUAUGGUCAUAGGGAAAGAAGAUAUUGGAAGAUUGAGAAUAACAAAAGAACAGAUCGAUGAAAAUUUUAUACAUUUAUUGAGGGAUGUGAAGAAAAUAUUUGGUAUUGAAGUAUUUUUGAAGCCGGUCGAUGAUUUAGACAACAAUGAGGACUUCAUUGUCACAAUAAAAGGUGUCGGUUUCCAUAAUUCUAAUAAGAAGAUUGCAUAG